UGUGUGUGUUUCUGUCAGGAUUCGGAGGCUGUGGAGAUCAUGCUGGGAGUUUGUUCCAGCGGCCUCCUCGUCUACAGAGAUAAACUGCGCAUCAAUCGCUUCGCCUGGCCCAAAAUACUCAAGAUCUCCUACAAGAGGAACAACUUCUACAUCAAGGUGCGGCCGGGAGAGCUGGAACAGUUCGAGAGCACCAUCGGAUUUAAACUGCCCAAUCACAAAGCAGCAAAGCAACUCUGGAAAGUUUGUGUGGAGCAUCACACCUUCUUCAGGCUGGUUUCUCCUGAAGCUCCUCCCAAGCGCUUCCUGUCGUUGGGCUCAAAGUUCCGCUACAGCGGCCGAACACAAGCGCAGACGCGCCGCGUGAGCGCUCAGAUCUCACGCGCCGCGCCGCAGUUCCAGCGAUCGGCCAGCAGGCGGCACACCAUCACAGCCAGCAUGGACAGCAUGCCAGCGACAGUGAGCCGUGACGACGAGAAGAACGCCAAACCCGCUGUUGCUACGGAUGACCUCAUCGCCAUGGAAACGCCGGAGAAGAAAGCAGAGGAGAUGAACUCAGUGGAGGAGGAGAAUAAAGCCAACAGUGAAGAAUCAGAACAAGCCCCGCCCCCCACCGUCACCAAGUCUUGUCUGUACUCAUCGGAUCCGUUGGGAUCUGAGCUCUCCCUCCCGUCUUCUCCCGUCUCGUCCACCAAAGUGCGCAGGAGACGCAGGGAAAGCAGCCGCAAGCGCGCCGCCUCCGUCAGUCCGGCCAAAACCACGGCGGGCUGCCGGCGCCGUCAGGCCCAAGCGGACCGUAAAGUGGCUCUUCUGGAGGAACAAGCACUGCUUCUGUCCGCACGCAAACAGAGACUGAACCAGAGCCGCAGCAGAGGCGGCACGCUGUUCUCCUUCUCUCUGCACCUCCCCGAUCUGCCUUCGCUGCUGGAUGAGGACGGUUACCUGAGCUUCCCCGACCUCACCGAGCUGCGCUUUCUUCCCGAGAGCCUGCAUCACUUCAUGCCCAUCAAAUCUCCGUCGCUCAUCCCCUGCUUCCUCUUCAUCUUCUUCUUCCUGCUCUCCACCUCGUUCUCUGUGCCGUACGCGCUCACGCUCUCCUUCCCGCUGGCGCUGUGUCUCUGCUAUCUGGAGCCCAAGGCCGCGUCGCUCGGCUCGUCUCUGGCGCAGGGCUUCCAGGACAGUUCAGACGACGAGACCGACAGCGAUCAAACCAACUUCACUUGUGAUGACGACACAUCGGCGACUGAGUCUGACUUUGAGGACAACUUUGACAUGAGGCCACAGGUGUCAGAGGAGGUUAAAGCCGAACCUGAAGAUGUUCCAGUAAAGCCGGAUCACGUGGCUGAUGGUGUGGAGCAGUCGGAGGAAGCGCUUAAAGACGUUCCUGUGGUUCACACCGGGACCGAGACCAUCACGUACGAGUCUGCAGAGAUCGAAGCCAGCGGCGACUCGGAUCCAGGCGUCCUCAUGAGCGCUCAGACCAUCACAUCAGAGAACAACAGCAGCACCACACACAUCACAAAGACGGUGAAGGACGGUAUUUCAGAGACUCGCGUCGAAAAGAGGAUCGUCAUCACAGGAGACGCAGACAUCGACCACGAUCAGGCUGUGGCUCAGGCCAUUAAAGAGGCCAAAGAGCAGCACCCAGACAUGUCGGUCACUAAAGCAGUGGUUCAUAAAGAGACUGAGAUCUCAGCUGCUGAAGGUGACGCGUGAAUGGCGCAGGAAUAAUCUCAUCAGCUGAGAACCAACACGCGACCUCCGACCUCUGCCGAGAUCUUCAUCAUCAAGCCAUCAGCUUCAGCCUCGUCAAACCAAACCCGCGCUGAGAUGAUGGACUCGCAAACAAAAAAAAUAUUUGCCUUAAAAUGUCUGAAAAUAUUAAUUUCUGCCACUUGGGUUUAUUUAUGGUCCAGUGUGAAUCUCACAGAAACGCGUCCAGGUCCAAAUUAAAAGGAUUUUUUCCCUUUAAUUUUGAUUUUGCUCUUCAAACUCAACAAACUGAAUUGAAACUCGUUUGUACUUGAAUCAUAAGCAUGUUUUUAUUGCAAUGCUUGUUCACUUGUUAGUUUUUGUUGUGUUUUUGGCACUAACUGAUCCUGCAUUAUAAAUGCAAAACGGCAAAAAAUGAGUAAAAAAAAAAAAAAAGAAAGUUAACCACUAUUUUAAGGGCUUUUGGUAACUUUGUAAAACAGCAGCUUGUUUGUUGGAGCAGAAACACAGCGGCGCUUCAGUUUGAUUCCCACAGAAGCUCUGCAGUAGAAACCCCUUUGCCUUGACCUUUGACCUUUCUUAUAUUUGACCCUGAGAGGUCGUGGUGUUUUUAGCGUGUGUAAUGAGAAGGGAUUGAACCAGCGACAAAAGAGCGAUAAAUGCAAUUGAUGUGAUUUUUAUUUUGGAAUAAAGUAUUGCUGAAAUCGA